AUGCCUACCCAGCAGUGCCAUGCGAAUGUCGUGGGUGCCAGCAGCGCAGUGAGUGCUUGCGAGAAGCAAAGCUGUUGGGAAGCAGCUGUCCUGCUACUCCUCUCCAUGCCGGCUUUGAGGUGCAUGCCAAAUGCCAUCAGCUACAACAGCGCCAUUGCUUCUCUCGAGCGGGGUAGCUGCUGGCAUAUCGCCUUGUCACUCGUGCGCCAAAUGUUUGAGACGGACGUGGACCCUGACCUGACCACGUUUAACGCCGCUGCGGGCUCCUGUGACAGAUCUGGCAGAGUCUCCGAGCUCCUUCCGCUGCUAGUCGGCCAACUGCCGGCGCGAGCCUUGCGGACGCUGCGGCGCAGAG